AUGCCCAAAACUAUAUUAACAACAGAGCUUCCAUGUAUACCUCGUGCCAUUACUACUAAUACAGCUGCAAAAUCUAAAGUUACCAUCAAAUCCCCGCUAAGUGUAAUAGGCCAAAUAAAGAAUUGGCUCACAAAGUUUGACCCGGAUGUUUUUAAACAUUACUCCCAAUUGGGUCGUCUCUUGAGAUAUUGUUGGCAAAGCAACGAUAUAUUGAUAGUGAGCGGAGAUUGUUGUAUAUUCAUGCUUAAGACAAUGGAAAUGCACAUUGCUGGUAAGUGCAACGAGUCAACUACAAUGUUGCUCAACGACGACAACAUAGAUACAUUCAGGAAGGCAUAUGCAGUUCAAUUAUAUGUGGGUAGUGCAGAUCCUUAAUUAACCGUGUCCUUGUUUAUAAUUCUGAAUUUUGUAAUUUUGUGGAUAAACUUGAAUUUAUUCUGAACGACCGCAAACGACCUUGAAUUUAUACUAUGCGCCAUCAUGGUCUU